UGAAAUUUCACCGUAUCAAAGCAGUAUUGAUUUGAAUUUCGCGGCGUAGCUUGUCGCUAGUGUCGCUUCCUAGAGCACUGUUCAUUUUAACGCGCGCAUGCCUAUGUUGCCUCUUUUGGAUUAGUUUCCAUCUUGUACACAUCUUGCAAGGUUCAACAGUUAAAUAAUCCCAGCGACCAUGGCCGAUAUCGAGGACACCCAUUUUGAAACCGGAGACUCCGGCGCGUCCGCAACAUACCCAAUGCAAUGUUCCGCCCUACGUAAGAACGGCUUCGUCAUGCUCAAAGCCAGGCCCUGCAAGAUCGUAGAAAUGUCCACGUCGAAGACCGGCAAGCACGGACACGCCAAAGUUCACUUUGUAGGAAUUGACAUUUUCACAGGUAAGAAAUACGAAGAUAUCUGCCCAUCCACACAUAACAUGGACGUGCCGCACGUAAAACGCGAGGACUUCCAGCUGACCGACAUCUCCGACGACGGUUACCUCUGUUUAAUGUCCGAUAAUGGUGAUUUGCGUGAAGAUCUCAAGAUCCCUGAGGGCGAUGUAGGUGCCCAGCUCCGUACCGAGUAUGAUGCUGGAAAGGACAUAUUGUGUACCGUACUGAAGUCCUGUGGUGAAGAGGUGGUGAUUGCCGUAAAAACAAACACUGCCCUCGAUAAAUAAUGGCCAACAAAUCAAGCGGAAGCCGAACGAGAGUUUUUUUUCCCAGGAAUGUCCACGGCUAUCCGCUACCAGCUAUUCAUUAUUAACGUAUUGGACCAGUUAUAAAAAAAGCUUAAACGUUAAUCCAAAAAAAAACAAAAACGGAUGGGCUAUAGCAUCUCUUUAAAGUGGUGUUUACUUUUUACAUCUUGUAAUUAUAUUGGCAAAAUUCAUUGCAUAAGCAACAACACAUUAUACAGUUCAAUAAACAUUAAUUUAAUUUUAA